AUGAUUACCAGGGUGAGAGCCACAGGAUGCUCUCUACCAGGCGUCCAGGAUACCUUCAUGACAUAUAUGGUUUAUGACGAUAUCCUAACCCUCAGCCUGGUGCAGGAGGCCUGUUUACUGCUGGAUGUCCCUGCUGAUGUAUUUCUUAAGCUUUUUGGAGAACAUUUCUUUCUCUUCUGUAAGCAAGCGGGCUAUGACACCAUGCUGAGGACGCUGGGGGGAAAUCUCAUUGAAUUCAUCGGAAAUCUGGAUUCUCUCCACAGUUACCUUGCUCUGUCCUAUCAGGAGAUGAAUGCACCAUCUUUCCGAGUGGAGAUGACCGACAAUGGGGAGAUGCUACUUCACUACUACUCUGACAGGAAGGGCCUGUACCAUAUAGUACCAGGUAUCAUAGAGGCAGUUGCCAGAGAUUUUUUUGAUAGCAACGUGACCAUGGUGGUUCUUAAUCAAUCAGAGGAAGAUGAGCGCACAGGGAAGAAGGAGCAUGUUGUGUUUCUGGUAAAACAGACCAAACAAGCAAGCAAGACUACAGACCAGGACCAUUCCAGUCUUGAAAGGGAGACAUUAUUGAGAAAAAUGAAGGAGAAGUGUGUGUCACUGGCUGGGAAAAAGCAUGGCUGGGACCUGAUCAGAGCUGUGGUUACCUCAGAAAAAGGCAGCCUCCAUUGCACCUUCCGUCCAUCUUACCCCAACAAGCUGUGGGUGGAAGAGGACACUUUCUGCAAUGCUUUUCCCUUCCAUAUUGUCUUUGAUGAGGAUCUGAAGAUAAGACAGACAGGGGUGAACAUACAAAAGUUUCUUCCAGGUCUCCAGGCCAGAGAUGCUAUGUUGGACCAAUGGUUCACCAUCAUACAUCCACAGGUGACCUUUACUAUAGAGAGCAUCAGGAAAUUCAUCAACAGUCAAUUUGUCUUGAAGAGCUACAAAGACAAUCACAUCACGCUCAAGCUAAGAGGUCAGAUGUUGUGGAUGGAGUCUCUCGGCUGUAUGUUAUACUUGUGUUCUCCAAAGCUGCGAAGCCUCCAGGAACUUCAAGAUGUCGGCCUACACCUGGCUGACCUGGCCCAGCACGAUGUCACCAGAGACCUGGUUCUUCUCAACCAGCAACGUCUAGCUGAGAUGGAGCUCACCAACCAGCUGGAGAGGAAAAAAGAGGAACUGAGAGUUCUGUCGCAGCACUUAGAGGCUGAAAAACAGAAGACAGAGACUCUGCUGUAUGCCAUGCUGCCACGCCACAUAGCCGAUCAGCUCAAAGAUGGAAAGAGCGUGAAAGCAGGGGAGUUUGAGGUCUGCACUAUUUUGUUCAGUGAUGUUGUAACCUUCACAAACAUCUGUGCUGCCUGUGAGCCCAUCCAAAUUGUUGACAUGCUUAACUCCAUGUACUCCAAGUUCGACCGACUCACCAACAUACACGGCGUCUACAAGGUUGAGACUAUUGGUGACGCAUACAUGGUGGUAGGUGGCGUUCCAAUCCCUACAGACACCCAUGCACACAGAGUGGCAAACUUUGCUUUGGGUAUGAGGAUAGCUGCCAGAGAGGUCACCAACCCUAUAACUGGCAAACCCAUACAGAUCCGUGUGGGUCUCCAUACUGGUCCCGUGUUAGCUGGGGUGGUGGGGGAGAAGAUGCCUCGCUACUGCCUUUUUGGAGACACUGUUAACACUGCCUCCAGGAUGGAGAGUCAUGGACUCCCUGAUCACAUUCACCUCAGUACUUUCACUUACAGUAAGGUGAAGGAUGCCGGCUUCAACAUACAAGAGCGUGGUCAGAUUGAGGUGAAGGGUAAAGGCCAGAUGACCACUUACUUCCUGCUGGGGAACCCGUUGAUGUCAGAAGAUAGCAUCAUGGGAAAAGAGGUUGGAGGGUCAUGUCUUUACAGGGAAGACCUUCAUAGCCAGAGCAAAGAGUCUGACAAAGUGCCUGAUGUGAAAACUGGGCGAGGAGACACACCAUCAGAUGGAGUCGUCACCCCCGGCUCCAACCGAUUGGACCCCCUCCCUUCCUUUGCUUGGGACAUCACUCCGCCAUAUGAAACCAACGAGGAGAACUCUGCAAGCAAUUUCAAAAGCCGACUCUGUGUCUUAUUCUGACUGA